UCGUCGAGUUCUCUCGUCCGAUAUGUAUAUAUGGAUACACACACACACAUAUAUAUAUAUAUAUAUAAAUGUAUAUGUAUAUACACAUACCUACAGCUCACAGAUUCUACUCCUACACGGCUUUUGAUUAAAAAAUAAUUUCGCCCAAAAGCAACCGAAAGUAGAAAUUCUCAAAAACCUAGCAGCUCCCUUCCUCAAAACCCUUCCUCCCGGCCGAGAAGUAACGGCGGCGAAAGAUUAUCGCACUGAUGUCGGAGUUCAAAGACUUCGACAUGCCGUCAAAUCCGCCGCCGCCGCCUCCUAUACCUUCGCGGCCGCUUCACAAGCACCGUUCCUGGUCUAUGUCGAAGUUAAAUUUUCAACCGCCGCCGCCGCCGCCGUGUCCUCUGUUAAAGCACCGAUCGUGGUCUCCGGACGCGGAUCGGGACGAGGCCUGGAUCAGGAAACGGCAGGCAAACCAUCAAAUCGGCCUCGAAAGGAGCAAGAGCGUCACGGACGAUGAUUUGGAGGAGCUCAAGGGUUGUAUCGAGUUAGGAUUCGGGUUUGAACCCGACUCACCCGAUUUGGAACCGAAGUUGUCUGAUACUCUGCCGGCUCUGGAGUUUUACUGCGCCGUUAACAGGCAGUACAGUGAACGGCUUUCCAGAACGUCGUCGUUUUCGUCAAUUGCGUCGGACAGCGAGGGUAGCAGCACUAGUACUAUAUUUGAUCCAGCUGAUGGUCCGGAGACGGUGAAGAUGAGGUUGAAACAGUGGGCGAGGGUGGUUGCUUGUUCUGUUCGGCAGUUUUCAGGAGAACCCAAUUGAGUUGAAUUUCUCCCAAAAAAAAAAAAAUUACAGUUUUUUUAAAAUUACAGAGUUUCUGAAUUCAUGUUCAUAAUUUUUAAUUUUUGCCGUAUUGCUCAGUUUUGUAAAGCUAAAUCUAAUUAUUCAAAGAAAAUUCUUUCUUCUUCUUCUUCUUCUUUUUUUCUGCAAUCAAGCUUUUUCUCUACUUGGGUUUUGAUCAUUGCUUGGUCGCUGAUCGCAGCUAGAAUAAUUUUUGGGGAAUUAUUAUUGUUGUAAUCAGAAAUUCAUAAUUCAUAAUGAUGGAAUUGUUAUGAGAA